AUGCAACUAAUCAAGUCACUAAUCAGAUCAGUGAUCGCGAUGCCCAAGAUCCCGCACUACUGCCCCGACCUCCACCUCAAGCUCGACCUCUCGUACAUCACGCCGCAAAUCAUCGUCUCGUCAGCUCCGACAACCACCUACAUCGAGUCGUGGUACAGGUACCCGCUAAGUGACCUCCUCACUUAUCUCAACCACACGCACGGUGACGAGUGGCGCUUUUACAAUUUCCGCGGCGAGGAAGCUGGGUAUGUGGAUGAAGACGUCGAUGGCAGAGUGCACCAUUAUCCUUUUCCGGACCAUUUCCCGCCCAGUUUCGAGAUUAUGAUUCUGUGCGUCGCCGACAUUCAUGAAUUUAUCAAUGGAGGUGGUGGGGGGAGAGUGGUGGUGUUGCAUUGCAAAGCGGGCAAGGGGCGACUGGGCACGCUAUGCUGUGCGUAUUUGAUGUAUGAGCGGGUGAUGAGCGGGAGAAGUGUCGAUGUGGAGGAGGUGGUUCGAGAAUACACGCGCAAGAGAAUGAAGGUGUUUGGCGGCGCUGGCGUGAGUAUAUUGAGCCAGCGGCGGUACUUGGGGUACUUUGAGCGGUACUUGCUUCUGAUGCAGCGGGAUAUGUGGCGGAUGUGGGGGAGGGACUAUAUGGAGUGGCGUGAGAGUGGCGUGGAGUACCGCGUGGCGGAGGUUGUGUUUCGCGGGCUUCGUGUCGAUCAAAUGGGGUUCAGUCUCAGUGAUUACGUUGUCGUUGAAGAUGGAGAGGGACGGGAGAAUACUGUGGUUAAUACGCUCAUUGUCGAGUCCGUGCGUGGGUGCGGUGGUUGCGGUGGACGUGGUCGCGAUGGUGGCGAUGAUGAUGUGAGUUUUGAGUUUGAGCAGAGGGUCAGCGUUGGGCCGGACGUGAUGAUCCGUGUGGAACGGUUGUGCUAUCUUUGGUUCAACAUUUACUUUGAAGUUGGCCAAGAGGCAAAAGUUGCAGAGUUCACGUGGGAUGAGUUUGAUGGGUUCAAGGGCACUAGACAUCGAGGUAAUCAGUUGUUUGAUUCUGUGGAAAUCCACUUUGAACUAGAGAUGGGAGAAAAAGAAGCUAGAGUUGGUUUGAAAUGA